UUCAACUCUAGUGUCUGUGAACAAACCUAAAAACACAUGUCAUAGUAAUGUCAGAAAAUUUAUUUGUAUCGUCGAAUAUUAAAAUAUACUUUGUGAAAUGAGUGCCCGUAACCGCGGCAAAGGAAAACGUGGAGGAGGCGCACAUGGACAAUAUCGCAAUGUGAAAACUAAUCGCAAUUGCGAACGUCAAUUAGCGCAACGUGCCUGCGAUCUUGUUGGUGAUGAUAGUGAUAGCAGUUCCUCAUCCUCGGAUGCUGGUAUUGAUGGUAUAGGACAUCCACCAGACUUCCCAAUUGCUAUGUGGGAUCUGAAUCAUUGCGAUCCAAAGAAAUGCUCUGGACGAAAAUUGGCACGACUAGGUCUUAUUGAAAAUUUACGUUUGGGUCAAAAAUUUCCAGGUCUUGUUCUUACACCGGUUGGUGUAAAUUGUGUCAGCCCCCUUGAUAAAGAUAUAGUUGGAGCGGCAGGUGUAGCAGUGGUGGAUUGUUCAUGGGCUAAACUUGAAGAGACGCCCUUCAAUCGCAUGCGUAGCCCACAUCCACGUUUGCUGCCAUAUCUUGUAGCAGCUAAUCCCAUUAACUAUGGAAAACCCUGUAAAUUGAGUUGCGUUGAAGCAAUUGCAGCGACGCUCUAUAUUUGUGGCUACGUGGAUGAAGCGCAAUGGUAUAUGGGCAAGUUUUCAUGGGGUCAUUCUUUCAUUGAACUGAAUGAAACACUGCUAAAUAGUUAUGCUGAAUGUAAGUCCAGUGAAGAGAUUGUACGGGUGCAAAAUGAAUACUUAGAAAAGGAGCAAGCUGCACAUAAUAAACCAAAAGAUUUUAGUGAAUUCUACCCGACGAGCAGUAGCAGCAGUGAUGAAGAAGAUGACGACAAAGAUAUAAAAAAUAAUUGCGUUGAAACUAAUGUAAAGUGAGUUUUGUUUCCUCGCUAAAUUUUAUUUAGUUAAUUUGUAAGCAAACAAAUAAUAAAAUAAAAUAAAAAAACAUCUUCAAUUUCUGUCCACUUCCAAUCACAUAAGAAUUGUAAUAAAACAAUGAUUUUUAAGAUUUAGAAAA